UAAAGGGGGCAGUGGGAGACGAGAGCAAAGUGAGAGACUGUCAGAGAACAGUGAGUGUGUGUAGAGAUCUGUGCUAAGGACUUUGUCAGUGAGUUUGUCUAGAUGUCUGUCUGUUUCUGCCUGUGUGAUCCCGACUCCAGGGCUUCAGUCCCCAGGACUCACCCUGUCUGCUUGUCUGCCGGAUGCCUGGAGCCCCUCACCCCAGCACCAGCUAGUCUGUAGGAGGAGAACGUGUCCUUUUCACAAACACUGGCUACAGAGGCUGAGGCAAAAGAAAGAAAAAGAAGACGGGAGGGGAAUAAAAAGGAGGGAGAGAGAAACAAAACUAAUCCCAGCCCUUGACGGUGCUGCUUGGAUUGGAUCUGGUUUGAGUUUUCUCCCUGCUGACUUGUGUAGCAAGAGAGGAGGAGUGGGGGGAAAUAAGUAACUGACUCUUCGUCUGAAGUUUGAGCAAACCUGCGGGGUGACUCCACUGGUGGGAAGCUUUCCUGGGUGCAAUUGCCUCAUAGUUUAUUGCUUCCAGUCACUAAAAAAAUUUCUGAACUUCUCAAGAAUCUGGAGGAAAAAGCCGUCACUUCACUUGAUCUGAGUGUUACUCAUUUCCUAUAGACUGUACUUUUUUUUUUAGGGGAUUCUUUUUCCUGUCUCUCCCAGGACAGCGGUUUCCUGAGCGUGUGGCAUUGAAAUCUAUUGAGUUGUUUUGUUAACAAACUUUGGGAGCAUUUUUUUCUUUUAUCCCUCUGCUGUUUUUUAAAUCCUUUUUUGGUGGGGAGGGGAGAUGAUGAUGCUGAUAUGGAAUAAGUGCUCCUGCUGUCUCCUCUUACUAGCCGUGAUCCUGAUGGUGGAGAGCUCCCAGCUAGACAGCUCCAGCUCCAAGGUGAACUCCAUCAAGUCCACCCUGAUGGGGGAGGCUCCAACGCAGGCAACCAACAGAUCUGCAGGCAUCCACCAGGGACUGGCACUUGGGAGCAGUAAGAAGGGCAAAAUCCUAGGGCAGAUGGGAAAACCUCCAAAGCACCAUCAUCGGCAAGGAGAGGCAUACCCUUGCACUAAUGAUAAAGAAUGUGAAGUUGGGAGAUACUGCCAUAGUCCUCAUCAAGCUACUUCUGCCUGCAUGAUCUGCAGAAGGAAAAAGAAGCGUUGCCAUAGAGACGGCAUGUGCUGCCCUGGGAACCGCUGUAACAAUGGUAUUUGCAUACCAGUAACUGAAAGCAUCCUUACUCCACACAUCCCCGCUCUGGAAGGACCACGCAACAAGAAAAACGGUCUUUAUUCUAGCAAGGACUUGGGAUGGCAGAAUCUAGGGAGACCACAGUCCAAGCUGUCACACAUAAAAGGGCAUGAAGGAGACCCCUGCUUACGAUCAUCAGACUGCAUUGAGGGGUACUGCUGUGCUCGCCAUUUCUGGACCAAAAUUUGCAAACCUGUGUUGCAUCAGGGAGAGGUGUGUACCAAACAGCGCAAAAAAGGCUCUCACGGCUUGGAGAUUUUCCAGCGAUGUGACUGUGCUAAAGGGCUGUCUUGCAAAGUAUGGAAAGAUGCCACUUAUUCUUCUAAAUCAAGACUUCAUGUAUGUCAGAAAAUCUGAAUGAGGAUUGGAAAAAUGUUACUAACAGACUGUGAAUUUGUGUAUUUGGAUUGCAGCAUGGUCGGAAAUGAGGAUUGUAAAUAAACACAGAAUGGUUAAAGUAAUGAUUGUGGUAGGAAUAGAAAUCACCCCAAACUGCAUUUGUUUUGAACUGGAGGUGAAUGCGAUGGCGGCUGGAGUUUUUCCAUUAUGCAACUUCUUUGUGUAAAUAAUUUCGACAGUUUGUGGAAAAUGCUAUUAUAAAAAAGCACAAUGGAAAUUAUUGACAUUUAUCAAGCUGCAUGGUCCCCUGACUUUUCAAGCGUUCAGUGUUAGGGGUGGGAUAGGUUUCCAUCAUGGUAAUAGACUGUUAAAUAAAUUGUAUACAGCAUGUUCCAACACAAAGCAGUGCUUUACAGGAAGACUUUUUCUGUCAACACAUUAUUGGCUACUAAAAUAUUAGUGAUAAAUCGCAGCUGUUAGAGAUGGGAAUAAAAGUUACUGUGAAUGUCCACACACCUUGUUAAUCAGGGCUGUCACUUGAAAAAGGGAAGCACUCCUGCAGGGCAAGAGUGCUGGAUUUUGCAGGCCCCAGUGGGAAUGGCAAAAUCUCACCACACAGUGAUUUCAAAACACCAGUGGCAGUUCUUCUGAUCAGAGGCAUUUAAACAGGGUUUUUUUUUGUUUAAAAUAUAUAUAUAAUUCUAUAAAUAUUUAAACUGAAAUGCCUUAAUCGGUUCAUCUUCAGUUACUAUAAUUAAUAGCUUGUAUUUGUCUCGGUAUACUGCUAGCAUACAUGGGCUGAGCAGAUAAAGCAAAAUAUGUGCAUGAUGCAUCCAGAAUGAUACCCAUUCAGUUGCUCGUAGACCUACUAAAUAUAGUUUUUUGUCAGAACAUGCUUGCAUUAUGGAUAGUUCCAUAAAGGUGAUAUUUUGAAAAGUUAUGAACAUCUGAAUAUGGAAGGUUAUAACAGAAAUUGUUUUGCAACCUUAACUAUAAGAGAUGCUACCUGCAUCUGCUACAAUUAGGUUGUAUGCUAAUAAAUUAAAAGUUUUAUACUGUAACAGUAACAAUAGGCUGUUAGUGUAAAUCUGGUUCUUCCAUGAUUUGGAGAAGCUAAAAUGGAUUGGAUUCACCUUGCACAGUCAGCAAAAAAAUUAAAAAGUUGACUUUUGCAAGCAUCUCAUCGCCUCUCCUAAAGAACAGACAGUGACAUGUGAUGCUGUCAUCUAUGACAUGCUGCGAGCCAUCAUGUGAUGUGACACAACAGCUCAGACUGAAAAGAGAACAGGUUCUGGUUGAAUGCAUGCUAAAAGUUUGGAUAUUGUUGUGAACAGUGGAUUCACAUUGACUACAGUGGGUAAAGAAAUCUGUUAACAUAACUACCCUGUUCGUGAACUGGCUAAAACGAAGGAUGUCCACCAUCUGACUUCUCUCUUAAUGUCUUUACACCUCCUCUUACUUUGCUCACUUAUUUUAAAGAAUGUUAUCUGUGUAAACGUAAGUAAAGAGACUGGAAUUUCUUUUUAAAACAACUGAUUAUAUAAUUAACUUACUGAAAUAUCUGUUUCCACAUUUUAUAAGACAAUGGCUCUCCCCUUUGCUUAAUCAGUUCCAAACAGCUUGUGUACAGCAGAGUAGUUUAUUUUAAUUGUGAAGACCAACUUUGGACUUUUCCCCCCCUCUCCCUUUAUGGCACCUUUCCCCACCCUUGCAUUUCUGCACCAGUGCCUUUUGUACAAAUAGUGGUUCAUAUACAUCUUCUGACUCAAACUUUCUUACUGGAAAUCAGAUCUGAACUAUGCUUCCUGUAUCUCUGAUAAGAAUCUAAAUUCCAACAUAUAUACCAGAUUAAAGAGAAUGAUUUAUAGGAUAAUAUUUUUCAUAUGCAAGCCAGUUUUUAUUGUUAUAAAGGGAAUGGUAUGUAGAGAUAGGCUCUCGUAUUCCUUAAAAAGUGAUGAUCCGAUUCCAAUCUCACUGUCACAAGUGCUACAUUACUGCAACUCCAGUGACUUCAAUGGAAUUACUUCAGUGCAACUGAGAACAGAAAUAAAGUCUGGAAAGUGAAUCAUUUCAGCAGAACAACUGAAAUACAAAGGUCAAUUCUGAAACCCUUUCUUACACCAUAACAGCACAUGCAUAUAAGAUCAGUCUCACUGACUUCAGUGUGUCUACUCGAUGUAAGUAGGGGGUUGCAGAAUUGGCCCCCCCUAGUGAUUUGCAUCUUACGUCCUGACUUCUGCAUAACCUCCCCUUCUCCGCACAAAACUUAGUAUUUGGAGUAAUUUAUUUACAGGAAAUUUUUAAUGAGAUGUAUUUUCUUAUAGAGAUAUUUCUUACAAAAAGCUUUGUAGCAGAAUAUAUGUGCUGCCUGAUGACUUUGUAAUUUAGAAAAAUAAUGUAUAAUAAGAUGAAAUAUAUUAAAUGUCCUUUUUCCCAAAAAUAUUUACCCACAUUCCUUGCCUGCUGUUUAAGUGUAGGUCUUUACUGAAUAGGGUGGAUUGGAAGAUGUACUCAGUAUUGCCAAAACAUCAUGAGUCGGGCCCCCAAAUAUGUAGACUGGCUUAAAAAUCAUUAGAUAGUUUUAAAAAUUGGGAUUCUUUUGAGUUGUCAGCUGGUUUCUGGAUUUAUAGGGUGCAUUUGUUUCAUAUUUUCAUAUUAUUUUACAGCACUAAGAGGGCUAGAAACUUUUUUUAAAGCUGAGGUUUUCAGGCAGACUCUUGACUGCUGGAGUUAAAAAAAAAAACACAAGAAAAAAAGCCUACCAAAUAUUAUGAAACUUUCAAUAAAAUCACAAGAGUUGGCAACACUGUAUACUACAGGCUGGAUGCUGAAGUCAAUAGGAGUUUUGCCAUUUACUUUAAUACACAUGCCUAAAGAACAAAAAAACAUUUAUUUUAGCUGCUCAUUCAAGAAGCAGAGAUUUCUACUUUUCAAUUAAUGGUAUCUGUUCACUGAUAUGUGGUGUAUAUGCAACUGAGAGGAGAAUUUGCUCCAUAAGCUAUCAAGAAUAACUACUUUUUAAAUAAAAAUAUCCCCAUCUGCAUGCGAAUAAUAUUCAGAGUCUAGGAAAUCGAAUAGAACAGCUGUUCAGAUACCCAAUGAUCACCGUGGUAAGAGAACACAGAUAGAAAAUAGCCAGAGAUUGUACUCAAACAAUAUAGCAUAUUGAUAUUAAUCACAGCAUGAUUAUUCUUGAAAACCUGUGAGGAAAAAAGUAGAGAAAACUGACAUUUACCAAGGAAACUUCUGUUUCAGCAAAAAAACCCAUUUCCAUGAAAAAUUUUUGUUGGAUAUUUUUUUUUAACCAGCUCUAGUCAGUAGAUGAGGCUGGGAGAAGGGAAAAAAAAUUCCUCAAAAGUUUUGCUCUUUCUGUUAAUGGCCAUUGUCAGAGUUGCUGAGCAGCGGCAUAUUUCCUCUCAUCCUCCUAAUGCCCUCUCACUGCUCUGCCAGUCAGCGGCUUACCUGCUCAGUGCAGCAUAGUAGGAGAUGAGAGAGGCAUAGGAAGUGAUUGAAGGAAGGAGGGACAGGACCGAGGUGAUCAGGUGCUUGGGGUAUGGAUUCCACUGCUGACACUCCCUACACAAAGGCCUAAGGACAGGGGAGAAAGGGAGCUGCUCCUGUUGCAAGGAAUGUGCAGAAGAGAAUCUGCUGCGUGAGAUCCCUGCAGAUGACCCGUAAGGGUUUACAAUACAAGAAGAAUGGAGUGGGAUGGAAGUAAAGCCUAGAGCGGAGAACUAGGAUUUUCUGGGUGGGAGGCACAAACUAGGAAAAAUUCUUUUAAAAAAUGUCAAGUCAACUCUGCCCCGGCCAUUUCCCCCGGGUGUUGCUUUCUUGCCUCGUCAAACCUCCGUGUUUCUACAGGUUGUGGAUGUGUCAAAACUUUUCAGAAAAACACUCAGUUUGAGCAGAGUUAGCAUAGACAACAGCCUGUUGGUGGCCUAGGAUUCCCAGUCCACCUCCUUUUGCUGAAAGGCAGCUGCAAAGGAAGGAAGAGAAGAAAGCAGGAGGUGACUGCUGCUGCGCUGCAGAACUCCAUCUGUUCCCUUAGCUAUUACUCUGAGCACCACUGCUGUGACUGACCCUGAUGGAUCUGCAACAUAGAGUGGAUCUCAUUGGAAGCUUGUUUAUGCUGGCAGUUCUGUGUUAUUUUUGGAGCUGCUAUUGUUAUUGCACAAGUGUCAAUGACUUAUUUACAAAUAUCUGGUACAAAUAAAGUCUUUGUUUUGUACAGUACCAGCUUGCUCUAUGACUGUUUCGAAGUAGUUUGGUGCAUGAUGCAUUUCCUAAAGUGGAGGAAUGAAUCUUCAUGUAGAAAUUAACAUUUUUAAAUAUACCAAGAUCAUUUUUAAAGAAAAAGACAAUUUAGAAACUUAGAUGCUAGCAAAAAAUCCCCCACCACAUAAUUAACAUAAAAAUACUUUUCAAAAUGAUAGGCAGAUUACAGAUGUUAGCCCUGGGCUCCCAGGUACACCUGGAACACACAUUCCCCUUUCUUAUUGUCAAAGCGGCUCAAGCGGUAAUUAACAAACCAAAAAUGUUAUGAAUUUAGGCCCCCUUUGUUUUCUGGUAAUCAAUUCACAAAGCCUUUCUGAGACUGCAUAUGUUUUUCAUCCAUAUUUGCUGACUUAUUUGGGCUAGUGGUUUUUAGACUGUGGAUGGUUUGCAAACUGAUUGGUUCACGACAACUAACCAGAAAUCACAAAUUGUGAAUAGCCUGGUACUGGUUCCACUCCCUAACUGAGUGACUGACAUUUUCACAGGAGAAUAAUAAAUGUAAACAGUCAUGAAUAACACACUAUAUACACAACACAAAUACAUUCACGAAUGCCAAUGACUGGUCAAAUAUUUGGAAAUAUCAGCCCCAUGAGUGGUAGCAAAUUCAGAUCAAGCCAUCUAGUUGCAAAUAUGUUUAAACCUCUUUUCCUCAUUAUUUGAGCAGUUCUAGCUAUUGUAGUAAUAUAGUUAUAUUUAAGAUGGAAUAAAAAAAUUCAAUGUAUGUGCUUUAAAAAUGUGUUCAGUCAGUUUGUUGGGGGGAAGAUGAAAAGUGGCUGAAUUUUAACCUUUCAAAUAUGGCAUGCAGCUAGCCUAUUGUCAGGGAGAAAGAGUUGCUUUGCAUGGUCCAAUAAACUAGUGGUUUAAGCCAUUUACAAGUUAUUAUUGUUUAAAAGUCAGUGCUGAUUACCAUUGCUACUGAAUAUAAUGGCCCUGCCUUUAAACUGGGUGAAGAUGGGUGUUCAUACAAAAAGUGAUGUAAAGACAACAAAUCCUAUAACUUCACUAAAGACAAUGAAAUGGCACUAAUUUUUUUUGGUGUAAUUCAGUGGACAAUUAAAUGAGCAUAUGUGCUCUAACAGAGGUUUUCCUUAGGUAGAAGUCUGUAUCUUUGGAGCAGGAAAGUCUGAUUUCUGUCCCCCUACUGCCAUGAAGUUCUGAGUGACCACAGCAUGCAUCAUACUGACAAUCUUGACCUAUGGAUUUGUCAGGUUGUUUUUAGUUUCAACACACUUCUGGACUUUCUUGUUCUGUCCAGGGUUGAAAAUGGGAGCACCAAAAUAGCAUGAGCAAGGCUGUUCUCAUAGUACUGACAGGAAGUAGAAUCUUAGUACAACGAUUCCCAUUGGCAAGCCUGUUUUCAUGAGAUUUCCAGCUCAAAAUUUUCAUUCAGAAGGUUCAGAUACUUUAGAGAAGUAUCCAGAAUUCUGGGUAUUUAUCCAAAUCAAACUCCUACCAUCAAACCUUUUGAGGUUCGCCUAUCACAAAGCCUCUACAGGAUAUGCAUUGUUAUACAAUUUUGAUUAUAUAGGCAGCAUAGUAUGCCUCCAAAACCUGAAAGUUAAAACAUAUAUAAUGCUGGUAGUAAAAGUUAGAAUUGACAGGCAACCAUUUGGCAAUGUGAACUAGUAUUGUUUUCACAGUCAGUGCAUAAUUUAUCCAUUCAAGGAAAAAAAUACACCCCAGUGUAAACAGGCACAACUCUAGCACAACCUAACCCCAGUUCUUGAAUGAAACCUAAACUACACAAACAUUCCAACACCAUCUGUAUAUAUGCUGUACUUUAGUAUACCACUUGUCAUCUACAACUAAUGCACUUUGUCUUUUGUGUGUUUGUGGGGGUGUGACUAUUUCUUGAAGAUAAAUGUUUGCAAAGAGGCAAUACGUCUCAUGACACCAUAAAUCGGUGUUUGUGAUAUCAUAAUUUCUGUGCCGGGAAUGAUUUUGGUACCACCAUCAGGGAAAUAAUUUAUUUGAACAAACAAACAGAAGGAGGCUCUUAAUGAAGAGAUUUUUCGGUACAUACAAAUAUUUAAAUACAUUAAUAAUAGAUUUUAAUAGGCUUAAAAUGUUUUUUGAAGGAUUAUUAAAACUCAUGCUUCAAGGCUUCAGCCAAUCUAAUAUAAGGUGUUAAGAUUCAUAGAAGGCAAAUUAUCCCACAACUGCAUACUGUAGGGUUUCUUGCAUGUUCUUCUGAAGCAUUUGGUGCUGGCCACAGAGAGAGAGGAUACUGGACUAGAUGGAACUUGUGUCUGACCCAAUAUGGCAAUUCAUAUGUUCCUAUGUACUCUGUGGCAAGCUGUA